AUGGCUUUGCUGCUGCUGCUUUUCGCUGCCCUACAUGUCGGCGUCCAUGGGGCGAAUGGCGCGAACGGGACGAACGGAACGACGGUCAAUGCCACGGCGAUUUCGGCAAAUGGGGAGCCGUCACAGUCGUUUGAAAACGGGCGGAACUGCAGCGAUGACGAGCUGGGCAGGAGGCCGAGGCCGCGCAACUGUACUGGCCCACCGAUGUGCAUGAUCGGCCUCGCCGAGCAGCGGAGCGAUUGCGUGCCCCUGAGGGAGAAUUGCACAGCGGAAGAAUUGGAAAUGUACCUCUGCCUGGUGCCCAGCUACCCACUCGAUCCAGGCGACAAUAUGGUUGUGCAGAUUCUCGCCACGAGUUUUGUCGUCAUGUCGCUGGUGGCGUUUUUGAUCUUUCUCUUCGUGUCCUGCUACUAUCUCAACGUCGAAGAGCUGGAUUCGAAUGGUCGCCACAAGUCAGUAGCGCCGCGGCAGCAGCAAUCCGAUGCUUCCGGGCAGCAGCCGGCGGACGUC